UGACGUAACUGACAGUUCAAAUUAUUUUGAGUGAGUGUUGGCUUUUUGCAGAUUAAAAAAUGAAUUUUAAAUGUCAUUUCACCUUGAAAUCAUUAAAAUAAUGUUUUUUUAAGCGUGUUUGACCACCUUUUAUUGACGCUUUGUGAAAUCACAGCGUAACCAUCUGUUAAAUUAAUGACGUGGCUUUAACGUAACCUCAAAAAACAAGUGUAUUUCGUGGAAAAUAUGGAACGAAAGCGUGUGAAAAACCCUCCUCAACAAGCCUCCACGAUGGAAAACGGCGAGAACCUCCAUUACCGCCGACCGUCAAACCUCAAAGGCGACAAACAAAACAUUGCUCUCCUCCUGUGUCUCUACACCCUUCAAGGUAUCCCCCUGGGGCUCAGUUCGGCCAUUCCCAUGAUCCUCCAAAACCGUGGAGUGAGCUACAAGCAACAGGCCGAAUUCAGCUUCGUAACUUGGCCUUUUAGUUUGAAAUUGCUGUGGGCCCCCUUGGUCGACUCGAUUUUUUCCACCCGGAUCGGCCGUCGGAAAACCUGGCUUAUACCGACCCAAUAUUUAAUCGGCGCGUUUAUGCUACUGUUGAGCGGCCACGUCGACCAAUGGCUGGGGGGCGAAGCCGUCGAGCCCAACAUCGAGAUUCUGACGCUGCUAUUCUUCUCGUUGAAUUUUCUAGCCGCCACACAAGACAUUGCAGUGGAUGGGUGGGCUUUAACAAUGUUGAAAAAACACAACGUGGGGCACGCCUCCACGUGUAACAGUGUGGGGCAAACGGCGGGGUUCUUCCUCAGUUACGUGGUGUUUAUGGCACUAGAAUCGCCCAGUUUCUGCAACAUGUACUUGAGGGCGGAGCCCCAAGACACAGGGAUUGUGACUUUGCAAGGCUUUUUGUAUUUCUGGGGGUGGAUUUUUGUUUUGAGCACUACUCUAGUGGCAGUUUUCAAGAAGGAGAGUGAGUCGAGGGACAAUCAACGCGAAGUUGUGCACGAUCGAGACAUCCAAACGGCGUACAAGAGCCUCAAAGACAUCCUAGCGCUGCGCCCCAUCCAGACCUUGGUCCUAAUUUUACUAACGUGCAAGAUUGGUUUUUCGUCAACUGAUAGUGUCAUGACCUUGAAACUGGUCGAAGCGGGGGUUCCCAAGGAGCGUCUGGGUCUCAUGGCCAUCCCCCUCAUCCCCGUCCAACUUGCCCUGCCUCUCGUCAUCGCCAAGUACACCACCGGUCCACGCCCCCUUGAUAUUUUCCUCAAGGCCAUCCCUUACCGUCUUUUGUUCGGUUUCGUGGCCGCCUUUCUCGUGUGGGUGACUCCAGUUUUGGUCCCCGAUGCCUCUCAAGGCUUGCCUUUCCUCUACGUUGUGUUUUUAGUCAUUUGUUACGCUUUGCAUCAAGUGUGCGUCUAUUGUAUGUUUGUUUCAAUCAUGGCCUUCUUUGCCAAAAUCAGCGAUAGUUCAGUGGGGGGCACCUACAUGACGCUUUUGAAUACGGUGACGAAUUUGGGGGGAAAUUGGCCCGCUAUGUUGGCACUAUACUUCGUGGAUCCCCUAACGUGGAAGCAGUGUAUGGGAGGGACGGAAAGUUUGGACAACACGUGUCGGAAUUCCGUCGAAAAAGAGUUGUGUGUCACUAAAGGAGGCAAGUGCGUUACGGUCCUGGACGGGUUUUACAUCGAAACCGUCAUUUGUGCCGUCAUAGGCUUCAGUUGGUUGCUUUGGGGCCGCAAAAAAAUCAAUUACGUCCAGUCACUCGACGAUUACGCGUGGAAAUUGACCAAGAGGAAGAGAUAGUGAUUUUUGCGUUUCAAGAUUGGCACUGUUUUCCCCACUGUUAUUUAGCUCAAAAAUAGUUUAUUUAUUUUUGUUGAGUGUGUAAAAAUUUUGCACUUUUAUUAUUGUUAAUUUGAGACGAGCGCAGAUUGUGAUAUUAAGUACGGGAGUGGUUCAAGCUUCCGACUAGUAGAUGGCGCCGUCUAUCUUGAUAUGUUUAUAAUUUUUGUAUUUCCUCAAACCAAGGACAAUAUCGCAUGGUGUGUGAUUUUUCCAACACGAAAUAAAAAGUAAUUUUAGUA